GCAGAUUUACCGCACAGCGCACGAGUUCUUCUGGGUGAUAAUCUGUCUGCUAAAAGAGGAAAUGUUAUUCCUGACGACUGUCGCUCCCUGGCUGCUGUUGGCCUUCCUCGGGCAGCAGGUCUCUCUCUCCUCCGGUGCGCGCAAUAAGCACCGAGGAGCAGACAAGUCGGUGACUGCAGCCCCGGACAAAGCGCCAAGGAGCGGGGACAAGUCUGCCGCAAACGGCCGUGGAAAGUUCUCCAUCAACAACAAGAUGCAGUGCACGUGGGGGGCCAAAGCAGUCGGGGACGCGGUCAAGCUGUCGGUGAAAUGCGAGGACCGGGAGGCGCGCACCAAAGGCGGAGUCACGGAUAUAAAGUGUGAAUACAACGGUAAACCUCAGAGCUGCGCGGGAUACAAGUCCAACAACAAGGGCUUCUGGAAACAGGUGGCGCGUGCGUUCAAAAAGCUGCAGGGCAAAGUGUGCAGCGACGAGAGCAAGCUGGUGAGGGCUGGCAUUUGUAAGCGCGCGCCCAGGGAUGCGCACUUCAAACUGGACGUGAGCUCCGUCAACCUCGCUCAGUCCGGAGAGGCGGAAACUCACGUGCCACCACCGCCGCAGCCUCGCGCCACCGCUGCAGCUCCGGUCAAACCGACUGCAUGCACAGCGCGCGUGAACCAUCUGAAAACAGCUGAAGAGAACUGCAGCGGCUCGUGGGCCAGCGUGUGCAACUUCUUCCUGACCAUGCUGCAGAGCGAGGACUGUUAG